AGGGCAGGACACUUUACUUACCACACAGCAAGCUGAUUUCUGAAUACUUUCUCAACUUGUCAAUACUCAAUACUUUCUCCCCAGUCAAAGCUGUGUGUUAAUGCGCACAGGCCAGACCGAGGUCCAAGGCAUCAGUGGAGAUGCUUAGGCUGAAUGUUACAAUGUCACUGCUGAGCUGAGAGACACAGUGACCUUGCCCUUAUAGCCAUGGAUGUCCAUGUCCACAGCAACCCGCGUCUUCAGUACAAGCUCAACGGCUACCAGCAAUCUAAAGACGAUGCCCUACAGUUUCUCAGUUCAGAGGAAAAGGAGUGCAUUCUUUUCUUUGAGGAGACUAUAGACUCACUGGAGGACGGUUUUGAUGAUACCACAGGGCGGACUCCCAGAAAGAUAAUUUCUUUGAAUAGCCUUCGAGCUUCAUCUAGCUCAGCGUUAAGUUCUGCCCCUAGGACAAAUGUCUCCCCCAAUGUAAUGGAGCAUGACAUCAUUGACUUGGUUCGUCCCUCAACAAACUUCACUGUGCAAGAUUUUUCUAACCUUUCUGUUUCGGACCCUCACCAAAAAACACCAAAAAACGACCCUGUUGGAUACGAGGAGAACAACCAUGCGCGUCCUCCAGGCUCUGUUCCAACACCAGUUGUCAUUGUCAGCAAGAUCUCAGAGGACCAGGGCAGUGGUGGGAUAAGUCCCUCAACACUGUUAGGCCGCAGACGCAGCCUAGAAUCAAAACGUGACCCUUCUAUGCAUCCCAGGAACCCUCAUCUUCCCAGCAAAAUGAGCCUAACACGGGGCCACCAAGAACUCAACGCCCAAUCACUUGCCAUUGCAGCUGUCAAUGUUCAGGAACGCCGUUCACAGAUGUUGGCCAACCUGCCCGAGGGAUCCCAUCCAUUAGAGGGGGGAGAACCUGCCUGUGUGCGCAAUGUGCCUAUGCGCAGUGUGUCAUUCAACGACAUGGCGCCUGAUAAGUCCAGGGUUGAGGCUCUGUCCAAACUGGGGUUAAUGGCAGGAAAAACAACUCAUUCAACUCCCAAUAUUGGCACUAAACUAAGCAGCAACACUGUUUCACCUAACAGUAGCACUUACCAAGUAGGCAGCUUACCUUACUCAGCAAGUUCACCUAUCGACAACUCUAACAAAGCGAGCGUCAGCAUGCAUGCUCAAACAUCUAACAACAUUGCUGUAAGGAAUAUUGUUGGCCAGAGAAAGACCAGCAACCCUUCUUUCAAUCAAUCCACCUCCAACAGCGACUAUGAGGCAAAACUCAAGAGUGAAAUCGCUCCCAAUAACUUCAACUAUUAUGGGGGCAAAACUGCUACAAUCACACCUAUUAAAGACACUAGUCCCACUUUUAACAAAGAUAGAAGGUCUAGUGCUGAAGUGAAACACACUGACUUUAACAGCUAUGGUGGUAAAAGCGUCAUUUUAAAUCCCGCAAUGAGUGUCAAAGCAGAAUCUGUCUCUUCCCCAUAUGCAAAUGCACAUGAGCCACCAGAAACCCAGUUUAACAGUUAUGGUGGCAGAUCAAAAGUUAUAAAUCCUUCAUUGAGCACAGAUGAACCAGACGGGGUAACCUCUGCCCACAGCCACUCAACAACUAACACUGGCCCUACCACCACAUAUCACGGAGACCCCACUGGAUCUAGAUACCAAUCUGAGAAAAAUAGCUAUGAUGUGAAACCCAAAGUACUUACUCCUGUACGAACUGACCCAGUUUACCAGCCUAUAGUCAGGACCAGGCCUUCUACAGUGGCCCCUCCAACAGCCCCUAGACCUCAAGGUUCCACUUCAUCUAUGAGGACUCGUCCAGAUCCAGUUCCUCCAGAGAUCCUCAGUAAGCCUGCUCCAUCGUUCCGCAACCAAGGUGUCACGGUACAGUUUUCUGGAAAAGGAACAACAGGUGAAGCCAGACAGGAUGCCUUGCGCAGAUUGGGACUGCUAAAGAAAACAUCCUAAAUGCUCAUUUUCAGUACCUGUGAACAUUUUUUUAACUGAAAUCUCAAUUUCAAUGAUGCAGUUUACUAUAACUAAAGGCAGAACUUUUGAGGAUUAUGUAAUUGUCCUUUAGAUAAUGGAGCUCAUUAACUGCUAUAGUAUUAUUUUCUAUUCUGAAUGUAUAAUCAGUUCUAGUUCUUUUACUUAUACGUAAUCUCUUUUUAAAUUUAUUUAAGAACGUGUAUUACUUAACAGUUAGGUUUCAGUGCUAUUCAACAAAUCAUGACCAGUGGCUUUAUCUACCAUGAAGCUUUUCAGCAGUUCUUUCUUACAGUGAUUUUUGGGGAGUCAAGUUGAUCUGAUUGUACAUUUACAGAAUUUGGAAUAAUAUUAAGGCACAGCAGUGCUAGAUUGGCAGAACUUCUGAGCUUCCAAUCUGAAGGUCAGCAUAUUAACCACGGAACUACCACUGCCAUUUUCACUACAAAAAUGGUACCUAAUACAAAAAGGUCUGAAUGAGAGUGCAGUGCUGAGGACAGAAGCCAAUUCUAAAUGUUACCCAAGAAUCAUUUGGCUUCAUGUUUGACCAUUCUGAGUAGUUUUUAUAGAAAGUACACAUAACUAAUGUUAGUAGGUGAUCCUAUCCUCGGCUAUGGAUCAGAUCAUCACUGUAAAGGGCUGUAUGAUGAAUUGCUGAUAAGUGAUAAGUCACUGGUCAUACCAAAGCUCUCCUAAGGACAGAAAUAGGCGUGACAUACUGAAUAUGUAAAGCAGAAACCUUACAGUCUAUCUAAAUGAUAAAUUCAACCAGAGAUGAGCUUAACCACCACUACUGUAAACUCUAUCUGCUUUUGGGACUGGAGUGUUGGCUGCAGCAUCUCGUUAUCAAACCUGUGAUUUGUCAUUUAAAUCUCACCAAUAUGCCAGAAGUUCUCAGAAAUUUGACGUAUGACUGCAGAGGGAUGAAUUUGAAUGAGAUUUCAUCUCGUUGCUUAGAGCUUGCUUCUUUUGCGGCGGUCAUGUCGACGGGAUAUUUCUAAAUUUGACGCCAGCACCUCCCACACCAAACCACAGCAAUCCAAAUGUGGAGGGUGGUGAUGGAACAUGUACUUUUCCUCCUCUUUGGUUCUGUUUCUGUUUGGAUUGGCAUUAUUUUUCUGGACUUCUUCUCUCUGACGUUCUGUCUUCAUUCAAAAUUGUAGCUCUUUAUAUUCAGUUAGUUGUGUUACAAACAACAAAGUGAUUUUGUAUAGGGUUAAGUUCGAGGAAAAAAGUUUGUGACAGUGCAAGUGUGUGUGUGUGUGUGUGUGUGUGCGUGCGUGCGUGCGUGUGUGAUUAGACAAAAGAAAGCGAGAGAAAAUGUAAAAGAAUGAUAAUGGGUGCCUGGUUCAUGGAUGAUUUAUUUGUAUUGUAUUGUUUUUUUUUUGUUUUUUUUUUAUAAUGACUCCGGUUUUUGUAGCAAUUCUACAAACAUCAUUGAAGUACCUUAAACACAAGGUUGUGUUUUUACACACACACACUUGCACACCUAAGAAGCAACCCUAACACUCAUUCUUCAUCUUUAUCUUCAGUUUCACUUUUACAAAUGGUGCCACUGCAAUGAGUAACAGAACUAUAAAGAUAUUUUCCUUUUAUUCCUUUACUUUGAGAUAGUUUUAAAGUCAAUUAUAAGUUAUAAAUAAACUCCUGUAUCACA